UCUUUCUCCCUGUGGUUGGAAUGGAGGGGUUGGGUCUGUGCCUACGAAGCAGCAGCCGAACGUCGGUCCUGGGAGAAACCCGAGUGGAUGUGGGGUGCCCUGCCAGCUAACUCUCCAGGAGCUGCAGCCCCACGGCCGGAGGGGCUGGAUGCAGUGAGAGAGCCUCUCACGGGAUCCACGUGGUGACGUGGCAGCCAAGACGUGGAAGUUUGGGACUUCUCCUCCACCGCAGCAGAAUUUGGGGGGUGGGCAGGGGUGGGUCAGGGGGACACUGGGAGUCGCAAGACCCUUCACCUUCACUGUGGGCCUGGCUCAGGGAUGACUACAGGCAGAGUCAACCCUUACAGCAUCGUGUCCUCCGAGGAAGACGGGCUGAGGUUGACCACCAUGCCAGGUAUCAACGGCUUUGGCAAUGGGAAAAUCCACACCAGGAGGAAAUGCAGGAACAGGUUUGUAAAGAAGAAUGGUCAGUGCAACGUGGAGUUCACCAACAUGGAUGACAAGCCACAGAGGUACAUUGCAGACAUGUUCACCACGUGCGUUGACAUCCGCUGGAGGUAUAUGCUCUUGCUCUUUUCCCUGGCAUUUCUGGUGUCCUGGUUAUUGUUUGGGCUGAUUUUCUGGCUAAUUGCACUCAUUCAUGGAGACCUAGAAAACCCGGGUGGAGACGAUACUUUCAAGCCUUGCGUUCUGCAGGUCAAUGGCUUUGUGGCUGCUUUUCUGUUCUCCAUCGAGACCCAGACGACGAUCGGGUACGGCUUCCGCUGCGUGACCGAGGAGUGUCCGCUCGCCGUCUUCAUGGUGGUGGUUCAGUCCAUCGUGGGCUGUAUAAUCGACUCUUUCAUGAUUGGUGCAAUAAUGGCAAAAAUGGCCAGGCCCAAAAAACGGGCGCAGACAUUACUCUUCAGCCAUAACGCAGUAGUGGCGAUGAGAGAUGGAAAACUCUGCCUGAUGUGGAGAGUUGGGAACCUACGGAAAAGCCACAUAGUAGAAGCCCACGUACGAGCUCAGCUAAUUAAGCCCAGGAUCACGGAGGAAGGGGAGUACAUCCCGCUCGACCAAAUAGACAUUGACGUGGGGUUUGAUAAAGGCUUGGACCGUAUUUUCUUGGUGUCUCCCAUCACCAUUCUCCACGAGAUCAACGAAGACAGCCCCUUGUUCGGGAUCAGCCGCCAGGACUUGGAGACAGAUGACUUUGAGAUCGUCGUCAUCCUGGAGGGCAUGGUAGAAGCCACAGCCAUGACGACGCAAGCUCGGAGCUCCUACCUGGCCAGUGAGAUACUGUGGGGCCACCGCUUCGAGCCUGUCUUGUUCGAGGAGAAAAACCAGUACAAAGUAGACUAUUCCCACUUCCACAAAACCUACGAGGUCCCAUCCACUCCCCGCUGCAGCGCCAAGGACUUGGUGGAGAACAAAUUCCUGCUGCCCAGCACCAACUCCUUCUGCUACGAGAACGAGCUGGCCUUCAUGAGCCGCGACGAGGAAGAGGAAGACGAUGACAGCCGGGGUCUGGAGGACCUCAGCCCGGACAACAGGCACGAGUUCGACAGGCUUCAAGCCACAAUAGCGUUGGAUCAGCGGUCGUACAGGAGGGAGUCGGAAAUAUGACUCUUGGUCCUUCUGUUGACUUUUCCAAGGGUAUUUUUUUUCCUCCUCUAAUCUCUUCCCCUACAACCCGCUCAAAUUAUGCAGAACAAUGCAAGUGCCAUAGGAAUGCUUGAGAAAUUAGUAUCGUUCAUAGUUUUCAGUUUCAUCGCAAUAACCACUGAGCGGUCUGCAGGAGGGGACGGUGGCAGGCCACGCCGCGUCCCCCGCGCCCGGCGCCCGCAGCGGGGCCCACGGCUUUGGGGGAUGGAUGGACAGAUGGAUGGAUGGAUGGAUGUAGGGAUGGAAGGAUGGAAGGAUGGACAGAAGGAAGGAUGAGGAGAGGAGGGUCUGUGGGGCGCGGGCAGGUGCUUGUCCCGCCCAGCCCCGUGGGGCUUUGCUCUCCCUGCGGGGAGAAUGCCGAGCACUGCGAGAUCCAAAAAGAGGGAAUAUCAGGAAACAAAUCUUACUCUCUCUCUUUCUUUGUUUUUUUUUUUGGUUUUUUUUUUUUUUUUUUUUUUUUGUUUUGUUUUCCUUUUAUUUUUUUAACUGAGCAGCAACAACAAAACAAUUGCUCCUUCAGCAGGCGGUCUGGUUCAGUUGCACAAGAACAACACUUGAAAUAACAUGCAACAUUAAUGUACUUCUUUUUAAUUUGGGGAAAAAACAGGGGAGGGAGGUGAGAGGGUUUUUAAUUUUU